GCUUCUCACACCGUUUACGAGAACCUCUGGUAGGACUUACCAGGAAGUCAAAUAAUGUGCAUUAUUAUGGAUCCAGUAGACAAUACAGCGAGACUUUAGACACAAAAAUGGACCUUUAAACUAUGAAAGAAGAAGCUCCUCGAUGAAAACAGAGUCUCAUUGAACUUUUGCCCCAGUUCGGUGGAGAUGGAGAUUGGCAGGCAGGUCAUCGAGAAGUUGCAGAGAAAGAAGAAGAUGCAGCCCACCACGCCGCCCAUUUUGCAAGGUCUCGAGGUCCAUUUUUACCUGCCAGACACCCGCCAGAUCAUUCACCUCAGUGGCCGCCAUUCAGCGGAGGAGCUGUGCGUCGAGGCUUCCAAGAAACUGAGUUUGUCUCCGCUGUGCAGCACACUGUUCGCACUCUAUAAUGAUCAGAGCAGCACCUGGUAUCCUCCUAAUCACAUCUUUGACAUUGACGAGAUGACGAGACUGAGGCUGCAUUUCCGUAUGAGGUUCUACUUCAUCAACUGGCAUGGUACUGAUAAGGAUUCUCCGGCUAUACUGCGUCACUCUCUCAAACGGACGGGCAACCAAGGCACGGCUCUUCUGGACAUGCCCUCUUUGACCUACCUCUAUGCACAGAGCCAGUAUGACUUCCACAGUGGCCUUGCCCCACUAAGAAGUCCUCAGUCCGAGGAAGACGCCCAGCAGAUAGAGAACGAGUGCUUGGGCAUGGCUGUGAUGGCAAUCUCCCACGAGGCCAUGGGCAACCACCUGCCCACACAGGAACUAACCAAGAGAUUCAAGUACAAAAACUACAUCCCUGCCAGUUUGAAUCAGAUCAUCUCUCAGAGGAACAUCCUCACUCGUCUGCGCAUCACCAACGUCUUCAAAGCCUUUCUGGAAGAGUUCAAUGACAAAACCGUCAAUAACAGUAGUGUCAACAAUUCCGACUUGAAGAUCAAGUACAUUUCCACUUUAGAGACCCUCACCAGGAAUUUUGGCUGUGAAGUGUUUGAGCCCUUGUCGCUAAGCAUUCAUGAGAACGAGGACAUGGCCUCAGGAGAUGAGGACGGCACUGGCCAUUGUGUGCUGGUGUCUGGAACGUGCGGCAUAAAGUGGCAUAAAGUUCCAGCUGAGACCUGCCCGGACCUGCUUACCCACCAACGGAGGAAGAAAUCAAGUAAAAGAAAAAGACGGCAGAGUCCGCAGAGCGGUGGCCCGAAAGACCCCAGCAAAGACGAUGGCUGGACGAUCUUCUCUGAUUUUCAUGAGAUCACGUACAUCGUCAUCAGAGACUCUGCGGUCACGGUUUACAAGCAAGACAACAAAAGGAUGGAGCUGCGUCUGGCCAGUCGUGAGGAGGCCUUGUCCUUUGUCAGUCUGAUAGACGGAUACUUCAGGCUCACGGUAGAUGCGCAUCACUUCCUGUGCACAGACGUGGCCCCUGAUGCUGUGCAGACAAACCUGAAAGAGGGAUGUCACGGGCCAAUCAGCACUGAAUACGCCAUCCAUAAGUUGAAACAGGAGGGCUAUGAGGAGGGCAUGUACAUCCUCCGCUGGAGCUGCGCAGACUACGGCCACGUCCUGCUCACCGUCGUCUGCAGUGAGUCGGAUGUCUGUGGGCCGACUGGUAAAACCGUGAAGAACUUCCAGAUCGAGAAACUGGAGGACGGUUACCGUCUCUGCGGGACCAACAUCGAGAGGCCCACUCUGAGGGAGCUGACCGAUCAACUGUCUGGACACUGUCUGAGUACAGAGAGCACCACACUGAAGGUGGGCAGAGGCUGCCCGCCCCAGCCCAGAGAGGCCUCCAAUCUACUGUUGGUGACGCGGCCAGACACAGCCACCCUGCCCUCUCUCAGCCAGCUCAUCUUCCACAGGAUUAAUAAGGAGGACAUCAUUCAGGAGACGCACUUGGGCAGAGGAACCCGCACCAACAUCUACUCAGGCAAGCUGAAGGUGCGAAGUGAGGAUGACGAAGGCCUGCCAGGCUUCCGAAACACUGAGGAGGUGAAGGUGGUGCUGAAGGUGCUGGGUGCAGGACACAAGGACAUUUCGGCCUUCCUGGAAACUGUGAGCUUGAUGCGUCAGAUCUCACACAAACACAUGGCUCUCCUCUAUGGAAUCUGUAUGCACAGCAUGGACAUCAUCAUGGUUGAGGAGUUUGUGCAGCACGGUCCUCUGGAUCUGUUCAUGCGGGCUCAUCACUCCAUUCUCACUCCAUCUUGGAAGUUCCAGGUUGCCGAGCAGCUCGCAAGUGUCCUCAGUUACCUGGAGGACAAGAAGCUCGUCCAUGGCUUUGUGUGCACAAAGAACAUUCUGUUGGCCAAAGAUGGUCUGGAUGGACAAGCAGCACCAUUCAUAAAGCUCAGCGACCCAGGCGUGCCCAUCACCGUGCUCAGCAGAGAAGAAUGCAUCGACAGGAUUCCUUGGAUUGCACCAGAAUGUGUGAAGAACCCUAAUAUGCUGAGCAUUGCGGUGGACAAGUGGGGAUUUGGGACGACACUGUGGGAAAUCUGCUACAACGGGGAAGUGCCGCUGAGGGACAAGAAGCGCACGGAGAAGGAGCGGUUCUACGAGGCUGAAAGUGCGCUGGUGAGUCCAAACAGCAGCGAGCUGGCUGACCUGAUCACUCAGUGCAUGAACUAUGAUCCUAGGAAGAGACCCUUCUUCAGAGCCAUAGUGAGAGAACUGGACCGCAUCAAAGAGCAGAACCCAGCCAUGGUGUCAGGAGUCGUUCCGCUGCAGGAGAUCGACCCCACACUGUUCGAGAGCAGAUUUCUCAGGAAAAUACGGGAGCUUGGAGAGGGUCACUAUGGGAAGGUGGAGUUGUGCAUGUAUGACCCUCACGGCGACCAGACGGGCCAGUUGGUGGCUGUGAAGUCUCUGAAGUCGGAGAGCGAAGGUCCAGAGAACAGCAACCUGAGGAAAGAGAUCAACACCAUGAGAGAGCUCUACCACCAAAACAUUGUCAAGUAUAAAGGCAUCUGCAAUGAGGAGGGUGGAAUGACUAUCAAGUUGAUUAUGGAGUAUCUGCCUGCUGGCAGCUUGAAGGAAUAUCUGCCCAAGAACAAAGCUCAGACCAGCCAGCACAGGCUGCUUCAUUAUGCUGUUCAGAUAUGUCAGGGAAUGGACUACCUGGGCAGUCAGAACUACAUCCAUAGGGACCUGGCAGCGCGGAACGUUCUGGUGGAGAAUGAGACUCUGGUGAAGAUUGGAGACUUUGGCCUGACCAAAAGCAUCGAAGACAACGCAGACUAUUACACAGUGAAGGAAGAGCAGGACAGUCCUGUGUACUGGUACGCCCCAGAGUGUCUGAUCCACCGAAAGUUCUACAAAGCCUCAGACGUCUGGUCAUUUGGGGUCACGCUUUAUGAGCUCAUGACCUAUUGUGAUCGUAAGAGCAGCCCACCAGAGAUGUUCCAGAACAUGAUUGGUCGUUCACACGGGCAGAUGACCAUGGCACGGUUAGUGAAGGCUCUGGAGGACGGCUGGAGGUUGUCAUGCCCACCAUCCUGCCCAGAUAUGGUGUACAUCCAAAUGCGCAGGUGUUGGGCCCAUGCCCCGGAGGACAGAGUGGACUUCAAAGGCCUGAUCGAGGUGUUUGAGCGUCUGUUGUCCACAGAGGAACCCAGUUUAAUGCGCAGCUGUUGAAGCUUUCAACACUGAUCUCGCUACAAAGUACCACACCUUGCAGGUUUUAUCCUCCGAUGCUGCAAAAAAUGACCUUGACAAGUAAAACUUAACCUUAAAUCUAGUCAUUACUUUUCUCAUUUUGAGACUGUUUUAAGAAGAUUAAUCAACUGAUUUCUAGUUCUAAAGCCAUUUUAUCCAGUGAAAUUCUUACACAAGCAAAAUCUUUAAACUUACGUUCUUACAGCUCAAGACGAGAAAUAUUAGACGCUACAACAAGAUUUAGGAUGUUUUUACUUGCCAGCCAAGCACUAAAAAGUCUAAGCAGAAAGAAAAUCAGAUUGAAAAUAUCUUAAUAGAUUUUGACUUCAUUAGGGCAUGAAUCAGGAGCCUUUUACAGGAAGAAAACCUUUCAGUUUUUCUCAUAAUCGGAAAAUGCCUGUUGUUCUUCACAUUAAUGUGUAUAUUUUAUCAUGAAUGGAUCAAAAGAAACGACUUGGAUAAAACUCUGGCUACAUUGACUUACAUUUAAAGGAAUGUAUGUUUUUCCUUCUCCUGUAAAUUUACCAUUUUGGAGAUAUAUAGAAUUUUUUUUUCCCAGAUAUUUUUACUCAUUUUGCAAGGAUACUUGUAAAAGUCUUUUUCUUGGCACUUUAUGUUAUUAGAUAAACAGUAUUGUGCAGAAGUUUUAGGCACCUAAGCAACCUUUUAGGAGCAAUAAAUGUGCUUUUGAUUCUAAAAUACUAUAUAAAAUUAGAGGCAAACAAACAUUAAUGUGCUAAACGGUAAUAAAAAAUUCUGUUUUCAAAAAAGCAGUUCAUAUUUUAGGAGCUGGUAAGAAGAACGUAGGUUUGGGGUCUAAUCAGCAGCACACCAAGCCAAGCACUUAAUAAAAUAUGCAAAUAAGCACUCAGUAAGUAAUAAGUGCUGAAUCAAAUAUCAUUUUUUCAGGUGCCUAAAACUUUUGCACAGUACUUUAUUUUCUUAAUGUUUCAUGUGGCAUGUGCAAAAAGAAAACUGUAUUCAUAUAUACAUAGUUUCAUUGAACUUUCAUGAACGUUAACUUUCCUGCUUUGUUACUGGAUCUUUAUUCAAAUAAAUCCAUUUAUUUUCUCAGUAAAA